CACCUGAAGGUGUCAUAAUUCAUAUCCAAUGAGACCCCGCCCUGCCCACCGUGUACUGCUGACAGUCUCAUCUGUCUGUACAGUUGCAGUCGCGCCUUCUCGCGCUAGCUUCCAUGGCGACCAACUAGAAUAUGCGUUUUCUCAUCUCGACCAGCCGGUUAGCUCCCGGCGUGUUACGAAAUGGGAUGAUGUAGCGGAGCAACUCUUUAGACGAACCGCGUAGUACUUUAGCAUGCUAAGCUAAACGUGGAGCCGUAGCCUACACACAUUUGCCAGGCAUAAACUAGCCAGUAACUAGAGCAAGCUAACAACUGUGAGCUAACGGAGGGCUGAGAGGCUGUUUCUGCUAACUAACUGGCGCCGCCGUUGCUAGCUAACAGGAUGGAAAGUGUGAAGGAAAACGAGUCUGGGGCGCUUUCAACUUCGUUAACACCACAGGGGAUACUUGACUCUAGCGGCGACAGUAAUCCCGUGAAACCAAGUGGAUUAACGCCGCUGUCUGCGGGAAAGAGACCCUCAAUCGGGGAGGAUGACGGUGGGGGCGCAGAGGCGAAACUCUUCGGGAAGGGACUUGCAGCCACCUCCCUUCUCCAGAUUGCGAUAAGGAACGGGAUCUAUCAAAACCAAGUUGCCAACGCUAUCGGUGGUGCGGCCAAAAAUAUGAACAUCCCCGCCGUAAAAACAGCCAACAUUUACAGCAUGACAUCAGUCAACAGCACUACUUCUGUCAACUCUUUGCUGAGCAGGAGACGGCAGAGACACAAGAGGAAUCUGUCGCUGGGGGCUCCGCCGACCAGCAGCUCGCCCGGCGGCGUGUCCUCUGCUGAGGCGGCCAGUCCCGCCCCCUUAGCCUCGCCGCUGAGCACCCUCAGCCUGGAUAGGAGGACUUUUCUUCGGCAGAAGCAGUCAAAACAGCUCCAGGCCUCGGAUAAGACAUGGGUGAGAUCGGACCUCCGGCGGGGCUGCAUUCACGUCCACGACUGGCUCACGCCCUCCUACCCGCGACCGGUGCUCUGUACAGUGGACACCACUUCUGCAGACAUAGCCAGUAAGCUGGAUGGGAGCAAAGCUGGGGCUGUGUUGAGAAUUAACUGCAAAACUGCUGCUUUAGUUGACUUAAAUGAUCAUUGUAAAGAUAGUAAUGGGCACACUGAUGAAAUCAAAAGUCUCAGUGACAGCGUGGAUGUCAAAAACCCCAAAGCAGAUGAGAAUGAACACACAAAACCGUAUUACCCCGACAUUAAACUGUCCUCUAACUUGUUUGAUGAUAAAACAGCGAGGAACCCUUCAUCUGAGAUUUAUCUGAAUGACACUGUGAUGGAUUUGAGCCUAAGUGUGGCAGACUGUUAUGGAGUCUACUCUGGUUCGGAUAUGGAGAGCAGCACCUGUGAGGACUUGAGCCCAGGCGGGCCCAGAAGCACAGAGCUCCGGGACUCGCUCAGCGAUGGGCUGGGUCCGGGUACAGACUCCUCAGUGUUGAGCCCAACCUGUGACAGCGCCACAGAAGGGCCUGACCCGUUUGAGAGCUCCUCAGAUGAAGUAGACCUCACCUCUUCUCCAGCACAUUCAACCGACACAUCUGCUGCAGACAUGCCCACCACAGACCCCUGCAGUGCUUCCAGCCAAGUGACAACCACACUAGAUGACAUCGAAGCUGGAGCUGGUGAUCAUGUAAAUGCCCCCAAAUUAAUCAAACCUCCAUCUAAAUGCCCCAGCAGCUCCCAGACUCGGCCCCUGUCCAGCCAAGCAUCUGUCCAGCCUGACCCGGAGAUCCCAGGGGGGAGCAGAGGAUGGCCGGAGCCCAUCAAUACCAGCCCGACCCCGGCUCUCUUCCUCCAGCUGCACGGUGGAGCUGUGCGGCGGCUGGGAGAUGACGAGAGGCCUCUUCAGAUAUUAAAUGAGUACCUCACUCAUCUGGGGUUUGAAGAUCCAUGGAGGGUGCAGGGGGAGGGGAUGAAUCCAGAAAUUGGCUGUCUGAUACGCUUCUACUUUGGCAAGCCUCGAAGUGUGGGUGGUUCGGAGCGCGUGCAGCUUUCUGGGGUGUUCAACGUGCGGAAAGGGAAGCUGGCGCUGCCGGUGAACCGCUGGUCGAAGCGCCAGGUCACGCUGAGUGGAACCUGCCUCAUUGUCUCAUCUGUGAAACACGCCCACACCGGCAAGAUGCACAUCCUCCCUCUCAUCGGCGGAAAGGUGGAAGAAGUUCGGAGACACAGCCACUGUCUGGCUUUCAGCUCCGCCGGUCCUCAGAGUCAGACCUACUACAUCAGCUACGACUCCUACACAGAGCACCUCCGCUGGCACAGGACGGCCUCAAAGAUUGCAUCCCAGAGGGUGAACUCAGUCGACCUGUCGUGCUGCAGCCUGGAGGAGCUGCCCGCUCAGCUCUUUUACAGCCAGGACCUCACACACCUCAAUCUCAAAAACAACUUUAUGUCGCUGCACAAAGGUGUUCCAGCACUGACCAGGUUUUGUAAACUGAGAAGCCUCACUCUGUCAAAUAACGCUCUGUCAGACUUUCCUCUGGCAUUGUGUGACAUCACCUCGCUUACGGAGCUAAACCUGUCAGGAAACCGUCUCUCGUCUCUGCCUGCAGAAGUAGGAACCAUGCACAACCUGCAGACUCUUCUCCUGGAUGGUAACUUUCUGAGCUCUCUGCCUGCGGAGCUGGGCUCUCUGGAGGGCCUCACCUACCUUGGCUUGUCCUUCAACUGUUUCAGCUGCGCCCCCCCCAUCCUGGAGAAGCUCCGAGGCAUGGAGCGACUCUGUCUGGCAGGGAACCAGCUCCCUGUCCUGGAUAUCGCCAGACUGCAGUGGCUGCCUGCUCGCCACAUAGAUCUCAGGCUGAACCGGCUUCAAACUGUGACAGUGGGAGACGCGGAGCAGCUGGUCCACAUCGUCCAGCUGGACCUGAGGGACACUGGGUUACAGGAGCUGGAUGUCAGGCCGCUCUGCAGGCUGGAGCUCCUCCGCUGUGACCGAAACGCCCUCUCCACCCUUAGAGUCAGUGGCCACGCCCUCAAGAGCCUGCACGCUGCACACAACGAGCUGAAGCUGCUGGAGGUGCAGCCCGUGCCAGAGAAUCUGACUGUUCUGGAUUUGUCCUGGAACACGUUGGGAUGUGUCCCUGCCUGGGUGUGUGAGAGCAGCAAACUGGAGGUGUUGGACAUCAACCAUAACGCUGUUACAGAGCUGCCCAUACAGCUGCUUUCCAGUGGAAGCCUGAGAAAACUGCUGGCAGGCUGGAACCAAGUGUGUCGGCUGGCUGAGAGGCUGGAGAGAUCCCAGCUGGAGGUCCUGGACCUCCAGCACAACCAUUUGACCGAGCUCCCACACAACCUGUUCAUCAAAGCACAGAGCUUGAGAUACCUAAACGUGUCGGCCAAUAAGCUGGAGAACCUCCCUGCAGCCAGCCUAACAGACGACAGCUUCAGCUGCCUGGAGGAGCUCUACGUGACCAAUAACAGCUUGACGGACAAGUGUGUCCCUCUGCUGACGGGACACGGCCACCUCAGGGUGCUGCACCUCGCCUACAACCAGCUGCAGACCUUCACUGCCAGUAAACUGGCCCGACUGGAGCAGCUGGAGGAGCUGGACCUGAGCGGCAACAGACUGAGGGCCGUGCCCACCACCAUCCUCAGCUGCCAGCGUAUGCACACACUGUCGGCCCACUCCAACUGCAUCAACGCGUUCCCCGAGGUUCUCCAGCUGCCCGAGAUCAAGUGUGUCGACUUGAGCUGCAACGAGCUGACUGAGGUCACUCUGCCAGAGACACUUCCCCAGAAGCUGCAGGAGCUGGACCUCACAGGCAACCCUCGCCUCAACCUGGACCACAAGAGCCUGGAGCUCCUCAAUAAUAUCAAAUGUUUCAGGGUGGAUCCAUCCCCUUCAGCUCCGUGUGUGAGUGAGAGCCACGGGGCCCCGGCAGUCUGGAGCCACGGCUACACCGAGGCCUCUGGAGUCAAAAACAAGCUGUGCGUGGCUGCUCUGGCCCUGGACAGCUUCUGCGGGAUUCGUGAAGCUCUGUACGGAGUUUUUGACGGGGACAAGAACGUCGAGGUGCCUUACCUGCUGCAGUGCACCAUGGGAGACGUGCUAGCAGAAGAGCUUCAGAGGGGCCAGCGGCAGGAGGAUUACAUGACCAACACUUUCCUCACCAUGCAAAGGAAACUGGGCACAGCGGGCCAGAGGAUGGGCGGCUCAGCAGCUUUAUGCCACAUCAGACACGACCCGGUUGCUCCCGGCGAGCACGGCGGCUGCUUCACCCUGAAGGCUGCCAACGUCGGCAGGUGCCAGGCUGUCUUGUGCCGCGACGGUAAAGCUAUGCAACUCUCCACCACUCACACCGUCAAAGAGGAGCCAGAGUACCGGAGGGUCCGGCAGCAAAACGCCAUCAUCACCGAGGAUAACAAGGUCAGUGGCGUAACGGACUCCACCAGAAUGAUGGGUUACUCCUUCCUUUGCCCGUCUGUGACCCCCAGACCGUACGUCUCCACGGUGACCCUCACCCCACAGGACGAGUUCUUCCUCCUGGGCAGCCGGGGCUUGUGGGACAUGCUGUCUCCCGGCGAGGCGGUGGAGGCGGUCAGGAAUGUGCCGGACGCUCUGGCCGCUGCCAAGAAGCUGGUCACCCUGGCUCAGAGCUACGGUUGCUCCGACAGCCUCAGCGCCGUGGUCGUCCAGCUCAGCAUCACGGAGGACUGCUGCUGUUUCUGCGAGCCGCCGCCCCCGCCGCCAAGCCCCGGCCCGGGCGCGCACGCCGGCACACACGCCUACUCGGCGGGCGCCGACGGCGGCAUGCCGCUGCCGCCAGCCUCCUCGGGAACGGCGAGCGAGCUGAGCAGCGAGUUCAGCACCUCCGAGAUGAGCAGCGAGGUGGGAUCCACGGCGUCCUCGGAGGAUCCGCCGCCUCAGACCGAGCCGCUUCCGUCCCAACUGAGCCUGCCGGGGCGAGCCGGGGCGCGGAGACCGGCCCGCGGGGGCGGAAGCUUCCACAGGCAGUUCUCCGGAGCGCUGUCUGACAACGGGGUGGACAGCGAGGACGAAGAGCCUAUCGCCGGCGUCUUCUCAAACGGCAGCCGCGUAGAGGUGGAGGCCGACGUCCACUGCCUGCACCGCCACAACGGCCCGGCGCCCCAAACGCACGCUAGCGCUCGACUGAGCACAAACACCCCCCCUCUCGCUGUGGCCUCGCGUCCGGAGCCUUUGUCUCUCCCCUUCUCCUCCCCGUCUCCCUCCCCCGUCCCUCCCUCCUCUCCCUGCCUCAGCGGGGCGGCCCAGUCCGGGACGCUGGGCCGCAGGGCUCGCGCCAACGGCUCCGUGGCCUGCCAAGGAAGGAACCAGGACCGCAUAGAGGAGGCGGGCGACGCCCCCGUCAGGAAGCAGGGGGGCUACUUCAACGCUCCCGCCCAGCCAGACCCCGACGACCAGCUCAUCAUCCCCCCAGAGCUGGAGGAGGAAGUCCGGCAGAUCAUCCAGCAGCAGCAGCAGCAGCAGCAAGAACAGAUUCAAACGCACAACCAGCAAGCACACAGCUACCAGAAACCUGCAGACUAUUUCGUCACACCACUCUAACUUCUGCUUCUGUUAUGGGGUUUUUUUGUUACUUACUUUAUUUUCGACCUUGAAACGCAAUGCAAUUUUUUUUUUUAACACUUUAUGUUGAUUAAAUCUCGAAUCACAUGUAAUACAUUUUUACCAUAUCUCUAAUUUGAAGAAGCAUUUUGAAUGCUUUUUAUUUAGACUUUUGAGAUAUGGAAUGGUACUUUGGAGAUAUGGACCAUUCUGUUUUCGUGUUGUAGCAGACAUUGCCCCUGCUUGUCGCGGCUGACGGCCUUACAUUUGUCAGAAUUAGUCAGACUGUUUAACUAACUCCUAGGAGUUCAACACUUCAAAGUGACCUAGUCACUGAAGCGUACUAAUAUUCUCUGAGAGAAAAGAUGAUUGUUUGGAAAGGCUGAUGCUCCAGGUUUAUGUUCCCGGGGGUGUGCGGAGAUCAGAGUGGUGCUGCAGUGCUGAGUCAAUGCUGAACGGGGAGGGGUACAGUUAUUACCACCAGCUCAAAUGAAUGUUCUCAGUGUUACAUACUUCUUGAUAAUGGCUAAUCACACAAGAGAGCUACUUUUGCUAUAUAAUAAAUUAAAAGUUUUCAGAUAACCAAAA